AGGAGGAAGUUAUAUAUUAUAAAUAGACCUCACAAACAGUUCAAAAUAUAAGGCAACAUUGCGGACAUAAAAUUAUUAUAAACGUUUUUCUUUUGUGACUGUGUCAAGUUGGCUAAACAAUCGACAUGCAACAUUUGAAUCUAUAUAAUGAUUAUUUUCAGUGAGGAUGCAUCGAUAUGGAACAGGGGAAUUUACCGAUCCGAAAAGUUUUGCCGACACAUGAAAGCAUCAAAUUAUAGCCAAACUAUUUCAACGACAGAUCAUAGCCAAACAGUUUUACGGACAAAUUUUAGCGAAACAGUUUUGCCGAUAACACAUAGCAGAGCAGUUUCACCAACAAAUCAUAGCCAGAUAGUUUUGCCGACAAGUUGUAGCCAAACAGUUUUACCGGCAAGUCAUAGCCAGACAGUUCUGUAGACAAAUUAAAGCUAAACAGUUUUGACAAUAAAUCUUGGCCAAACAGUUCAUAUACUGAUAUUGAUGAAAUGAAAUUUGCACUGCUGGAAACUGAUCUACAAAACUUGACGAAUUUUAAUGACAGUCCCGACGCAAGGUAAAACUACCUGUAUUAAAAUCACAUUAGGAAAAUACGAACCAAAUUGAAAAUUAGAAUAUGCAGCCAGAAGUUAGUUAUCAGCAUAUAACAAAUGACUCUGGUUGCAACACAAAGAUUUGAAAACGUUUUUCUGUUAAGGAUUCUUGUUUUGUAUUGAAAGUACUUAUGACUAAAAGGGUCCUUCCUUUAGUCUAAAACCAUAACGGGGCAGCAUAUAACAGAUAUCACAUGUGAUGGUUUUAAUAAUAUUGCUGGGAUGAGAUGUUGCUAUACUGAAAGUGUUAAUAACAAAACAACAUUGAUCUAAAUGACAGUAAUAAAAUAGGGCAACAGAAACAGACAGGUGUUUGAUAUGAUUUGAAGAUAACAGAUGCCAGUAAACUUGACUGAGAAUUAGAAAUGAUACCAAGUGCUAUGUCUUUGUUUUAUGACAGUAGGUAAAGUCACACCGGGCUUCGCAAUAUACGUGAACUUUGAAGCUAUGUGAAAUUUGGGACACGUUGUACAUUCAUGAAUACUUUUAAAAGAAAUGUAAAAAGAGACAACUGACUUAAACACACAAACAGAAAAUAGCGCAGAGACUGAAUUAGAAUUCUAAAGAAAAGACAUUGAGGAUGAAAAAAUACAUACGUAUUGCAGCGUUAAUCUAUGUAAUAGUUUCUGUAGGUUUUGCAUUGUUUUGGAUGUUUACAGGAGGAGGAAAGGGGGUAAAAGGUUUGGUUGUUGAAGGUUAUUUCUAUCAGACAGAUGCGAAGCCUGUGAUGCAAGGCAACCAUUAUCAUUCUAAAUCAAAGCGAACAACUUCAUAUACAACAAGUACUUUAAAACGUGUAUUGCCAUGGCAGUGGAAGGAGCGAAAUGAGAACUCAUAUAUUUUGGAUAUUAUGAAAGGCGAAUCUUUUUGCGGAGGUAAUUUUACAGGAUACGAUGGGAAGUUUGCUCAACUUACUAAUGCCAUUAUUGACCCUAGUAGAGGUCAAGGAAGGCGAGGUGGUGAAAAUAUAUCAGAGGUAUUAAAUCAGCCAGAGGAAAAUGAGUACUACAUUUUACAGUCGGGAUAUUUCAAACUGAAUUGUAAGAAGAAGAUUCACUACAACUUCAAUUCAAAUUCACACCUUAGGCAAUGGAUAAAUGUGUUAAAUACAACUGUAGAAAACCCUGCUUACAAAGUAACAUAUAAUAGUUGGACAAUUGCAGUAAAGCGUUAUGAGUAUGUUAACCUGUAUCAUACAAUGACAGACUUUUAUAAUGCGUUUCUGGUAUCUAAAGCAUUUAAAAUGCAACCUGGAAACAUCACCAUAUUGUGGAUAGACGGCCACCCAUCUGGAACUCUUGACACAACUUGGAAAACUUUAUUUGGACCAAUAUUACGCGCGGGAUAUAUUCAACAGCCAUCCAUGUUUAAUCACAUGAUUUGGGGAAUAAUGGGAUAUGACAGUCCACUGAAUAUGCAUGAUAGUAAGAAUGUGCCAUAUUUGGAAGAAUUCCGAUUUUUCUUCCUAUCUAGACAUAACAUUCCAACAAAAUCAGAGCUCAACUGUACUAAGUUAAAAAUAAUGUUUCUGUGGAGAAGAGACUAUGUAGCACAUCCGCGAAAUCCAUCUGGGUCCGUCUCUAGAAAAAUAAAAAAUGAAAAAGAAUUAUUAGAUAGUGCAAUGAAACAUUUUGUCGGUGAUGACGUCUUUGGAAUUCAGAUUGAUAAGUUAGACAUGAAGAAUCAGCUAAAACUUAUAGCUAACGUCGACAUUUUGAUCGGGAUGCACGGAGCAGGUCUUAGUCACACACUGUUCUUACCUAAACACGCUGGUUUGAUAGAGCUCUAUCCCACAUACUGGUCAAAUGCUAACACACAUUUUAAAGCUAUGGCAAGGUGGAGAAAUCUUCAUUAUCUAUCAUGGAACAAUAUUGACAGAACGAAAGAACUUGCAAAUAAAUAUACAAUAGUUGAUGUUGAAGCUGUUACAGGUUUAAUUGGUAAAAUGAAGCGCAAUAUAUGCAGAUAAAAGCUAUAUGGACUGAUUAUUAUUAUUAUGUGUGUUUAUCAAAAAACAAACAGAGUUAUUGAAGUUUG